AUGAAGCUGACUGUCUUGGCGAUCGUUGGUGGCUUUGUGGCUCAAGCCCUUGCCGCUCCUGCCCCUGUGCCUUAUACCUUGCACGAGAAGCGUGAAGUCCAGAAGGAAAAAUGGACUCGCAAUCUCGACGUCAAGCUGAAUCGCGAUGCUGUCAUUCCAAUCUCUAUUGGCCUGACUCAACGGAAUCUGGAGAAUGGCUAUGACAUGUUGAUGGAUGUCUCACACCCCGAAAGUCCCAACUACGGGAAGCACUGGUCAAUGCAAAAGAUCAAAGAGACUUUUGCGCCAUCAGCCGAGACUGUUGGCUCGGUCAAGUCCUGGCUUGCAGAAUCCGGAAUUGAUAACAGUCGGGUCAAGUUCUCCAAGAGUCUUGGCUGGGCCAAAUUCAACGCUACCGUAGAGGAGGUUGAAUACCUUCUUCGAACAGAGUAUUAUGCCUAUACCAACGCUGAGACGGGCAAUGAUCAUCUCGCUUGCGAGGACUACAGUGUACCAACACAUCUCAAGGAGCAUAUUGACUUUGUUACUCCAACGAUCCACUUCGACGCUCUUGUUAAGCCAAAGAAAAAUCGCAGAGAUUUAGAGAAGCGAAGUAUGAGGGUUAGGCCUACUCCACAGAUUAAGAAAGGAUCAGAUAUCGCGCCAGGAACGGAUCUCAGUCCUGACGCCACUAAAUACACUCUUGCGAACUGUUAUGAAUAUAUUACUCCCGAAUGUCUCCGAGCAUUGUACAACUUUACCAACGGCACCUUGGCACUGUCGUCUUACGGCAUUGUCGAGUAUACUCCUCAGGCAUACUUGCAAACUGAUCUGAACCUCUUCUAUACCAAUCUGGCACGCGAGAUUCCUUCCGGCACUAAACCAACAGUCGACCUCAUUGAUGGUGCUACUGUCCAAACGACUACCCAAAGUUUUGACGAUAAUGGAGAGUCCGAUCUUGAUCUACAGUACGCAAUCGCGUUAGUUUAUCCACAGAAGGUAACGCUUUACCAAACUGGAGACUCAGUCGAAGGAGCUUCCUUCAACAACUUCUUGGAUGCCAUUGACGCGGCGUAUUGCACUUCAGGUGGUGGCGAUGAUUCAAGCCAGGAUGGUAUCUACCCUGAUACUGCGAGUGGAGGAUACAAGGGAGACGAAGACUGCGGAACUUUCAAGGCUGCCUCGGUAAUCUCGACCUCGUAUGGCUACAACGAAGCCGAUCUUACGGCCGCCUAUGAGACUCGUCAAUGCAACGAGUACAUGAAACUCGGUCUCGCAGGAACCACUUUCCUCUACUCAUCCGGCGAUUAUGGGGUAGCAGGAAAUUCAGGUCAAUGCUGCACAAAGGCGAAGUGUGCCGGCGGAACUUAUAACAGUGGAACCUCUGGAACCUUCAACCCAGCCUUCCCAGCCACGUGCCCAUACGUUACCUCGGUCGGCGCAACCCAAAUUAAGCCCAACACCCUCGUAACAGCCACCGCACCCGAGGAAGCCUGCCAAACAGUAAUCUACUCGGGCGGCGGCUUCAGCAACGUCUUCGCAAUGCCCUCCUACCAGUCCGCCGCCGUAGCCAGCUACUACACAUCCCACAAGCCCAGCUUCACCGCGACGCAAUACAACAACUCGCAAGCGGUGCGCGGCUACCCCGACGUGUCCGCCAACGGCGCAAACUACGUCGUGGCCGUGGAUGGCACGCUGUCUCUGGUCUACGGGACGUCGGCAUCUGCGCCGACGUUUGGAUCGGUCAUUACGCUGAUCAAUGAGCAGCGGAUUGCGGCGAAUAAGAGUGUGGUGGGCUUUAUUAACCCGACGGUGUAUGCGAAUCCGAGCGCGUUCAACGAUAUCACGAGUGGGGGGAAUGAGGGCUGUGGGACGGCUGGGUUUACGGCUGUAGCGGGGUGGGAUCCUGUGACGGGAUUGGGAACGCCGAAUUACCCCAAGUUGUUGGCGGCUUUUCUGGCUUUGUCUUGA